GCAUCAGAACCAAACGAGGAGAAGCAGCUUUUAGCUUCUAUGCACCACAGAUCUGGAACAAACUUCCAGAAAACUGUAAACCAGCUGAAACACUGAGAUCCUUUAAAUCUGGACUAAAAGCUGCUGUUAGUUUUAUUAGAAACAUAAUAAAUGAUGAAUUUAAUGUGAUGUUUGAUUGUUGAUUCUGUUUUAUGACUUUGUGUUUAUGAUGUAAAACUCUUUGAAAAGCCUUGCUGCUGAAAUGUUCUGUACAUAUUAAGGUGGAUUGAUGGUUGAUUGAUCUGGAAUCCUUAGCAACAUUUUGUUCUGCAGUUUCUGGGUUUCUAAGUCGUUUAACUUUACAAGACCAAGGAAAAUAUCUUUGCUUCCUUCAGUACCAAUGUUCCUACAUGCUGGAGAACUCUUGCUAUUGAUUUUCCAGAGUUUAGACUGAUCCUGAUCAGGAACCAUACUUUCUCCAUAACCGCCAGCAGCCAUUGUACUGGCUCCGUGCUGUCUCUGUGUUACAUUAUACUUCAUUGAGUUUUUAAUAAGCCAUCCAAGACAGAGUCCCUUCAUAUCAGAGCAUGACGAAAUGUUCUGGUAAGACUUGGGUCCUCUUCGGUCUCAUCAUAAAGCCAGUUAUAAAAGAAACUGGGAUUUUCCACCAGUUCAUCCCGUUUUCCAAAGUUCCCAGAAGCAGCCCUGACUUCCUCCAAGUCUCCGGCGUCCUUUGGGAAACGGGACAGUUCGAUUGGGUUGGCCAGAUAGACCUGUAUGACCAUCCGGACCGGCGACAGAGCCAGACUGAUCUGGGAUAGGACCGGAGCAGGACCGCCCUCAGACCCAGAACUCCCACAGCGGCUCCACUUUCUACAAACGGACUGACUUCAGGGAAUGAGGCGCUGCUUCUCCAGUUCCUGCAGUGACGUGUUCAUGGCCUUCAGCAUCUGUUCGAGGGACUGUCGACUCUUUGAAAAAUUGUCUUUAAAUUUGUUUUCCAGCUGACCAUUGUUCUCCUGUUGAAUGAAUCCAGUUAUCCUUAAGACAUUUGUUGAGUUUCCAAGUUUAGGCCUGAGUUCAGGUCUAUUAAAGAGACAGAACCAUCGUCAUGGCCUCCCAGAUCUCCUGAUGAUUCAGGAGGAUCUUGUUGUUGAGGCCCAGUUUUGGUUUUGAAUUUCUUAUAACAGUUUUCCAACAUUUUAGUGUCUUCAAUUAUUCCGUAUUCUUCUGCCAAAAUCUCCCCAGCAGGAGGAAACCCUCACCCUCCUCCUGUCAUUGGAUGUUGGUCAAACCAAAGAUCUGGUCUCAGUGGCAUGUAGCAUGUUCUGGGUUUGUGGAUCUAAGGCGUCCAAAGCCGUGAGAACUGGUGGAAAUGUCUGGAAAUUCCUGGCAGAUUCUGCUAUAACUGAUGCAGUGAAGUACCAGGCCAAAGAACCAGCAGCUUCAAACGAACUAAAUGUUUUACAACUGGACUCACGAUCAAAAAUCUUCUCCACAUAAAAAGGAUAGUUUGCAUUUCCAUCUGUUUCUAUGCUUCCUUUCAGGUUUUGCUAACUUCAUUUGUCUUUUCUGGUCUUAUUCUUCAGCCAAUCCAAAAUCUUAUCUUUGUUUUCUGUAUUUACAACUUUUUUCCAACACAUACAGACUUUCAGGAUCAACCUCAAAUAUCCAGUUACAGACCAUCAGGGAUGUGUUCUCAUCUUCUCCAUCCUGAGGCGGAUGAUGUUUCCGAUGUCCUGAAUUAUCUACGUAGCAUUUCUGAAAAACUCCUUCCAGUUUUUCAGUAUUUUUUAGCCACUUUUUCUGUGGGAGUCAAACUCAUCUUUGACUCUUUCCUCAAUCACAAAGCUCCUUCAGAUCAUCUGGUCCAGUGAAUUGUUCUGGAUCUGUGGGCCAGUUCUCUCUGGUCAGACUCAGACUAGGAGGUCUGUCUGGUCGGUAAAACCAGCCUCUCCUCUGCUCUCAGAUUUCUGUCUGAUUGUUACGAGUUGGUCAAUAGUUGCCACUACAUUCUUGGUGUCGUCUUUACAUUUCCAUUGGGUCACCCCCUCUGAUACGUCCUUAGCAAUGACCUUUCUGGUCAAACCUGGAACCUCCUGGAGAACCUAGGGAGCCUGGAAUCUCCUGGAACCUCCUGGAGAACCUUGGGAACCUGCGGAAGCGGAGCCGCUGAUGGGUUCAGCAGCUGCUCCGCUCGGACCAUCCAGCUGCUAAGAGUCCGACCGGAAACACGGACAGAACCCCUUCAAAAUAAAAGCUGCUGGCUGUUUGCUGGCCGUCCAUCCAGGAACUGGGUGAGGGUGUGUUUCAUUUCCUCACCUGUGUGUCUGACUGGAGCAGAACGGGACAGCGGGUUCUUCCGGCAGGAGCUGAGAAGGUUCUGGACCGGAACCAGAAGAACAUGAAAUUACUUUGUAAAACAUUUUAAUAAAUUUAAAAUGGUUAAAUUAUUAAAAUCAAUAAUCAAAAUCUUUUUUUCUGGUUUCGCUGCAGAUCGGGAUGAAAACCGCGCAGCUCUGUUUUAUUUUGAAGGGUCAGACCGGAAGCAGCGAGUUGCAUUCUGUCAGACCUGACCCGGAGUGCCCGCUGCGGUCCGGCUGAUUCGAACCGGUCCCGGACUGUUUGGAUCAGCAGCUUUCUUGGGUUUGGACCCGUUUUUAUCUCCUGGUUCUGUUGAUUCUGUUUCCGGACUUUUUCCGAACUUUUGUUGUGUUUUCUGGAAGUUCGGGUCAGUUUGCCCAUUUUUCCAGAGAUUUCCCAGUUCGGUUCGGUAUUUCCUGCUGGACCUGACUGGAAUGUAAUUGCGAGUUCUGAAGAGAAGAACAUCCGUCAGAACCAGUACCAGCUAUGAGCGGACCUGAAAUGCUGGUUCUGUUGGUCCUGGUUCUGGUUCCGGAGCCGCUCUCCUGCCGGGGCGCUCCUCCGGUCCGGUCCUCCAUCCCUGACCCGGUUCUGGACUUGGACCUGCUGGAGGAGCCGGGAGGCGGCAACGGAACCGGGUUCGGGCGCUGCGGACCGUGCGACCCGGAGUUGUGCCCGGAGCCUCGCGGCUGCCGGGCCGGCCUGGUUCCGGACCGCUGCGGCUGCUGCGCGGAGUGCGGGAACCUGGAGGGCCAGGCCUGCGACCAGGGCGCCCGGGCCCGGUUCUACGGGCUGUGCGGUACCGGGCUGCGGUGCCAGGCGGGAGGAGGAGGAGGAGGAGAGGAUGAAGAACAGGAGGAGAUGUGUGUGUGCGAGCAGCAGGGGGCGCUGUGCGGCAGCGACGGAACCACAUACCUGAACCUGUGUCGGUUCCGAGAGGCCGCCUUCUCCGACCCGGAGCUCCGAAUCGCGGAGACGGGUCCCUGCAGGACAGCCCCGGUGAUCAAGGUGGCCCCCCAGGACCAGGUGAACAGCAGCGGCAGCAUCAUGCUGCUCCUGUGCGAGGUGUUUGCGUUCCCCAUGGCGCUGGUGGAGUGGAGGAAGGACGGCCGGGACGUCGUCCUGCCAGGAGACGACCCCCACAUCUCUGUCCAGGCCAGGGGCGGGCCUCUGAGGUUCGAGCUCUCCAGUUGGCUGCAGAUCGAGGGGGCGGAGCCUGGAGACUCAGGAACCUAUCGCUGCAUCGCUCGCAACGAGCUGGGAUCGGUCUCCGCCUCGGCUGUACUGGGAGUACUGGGAGCAGGUGACACACACCUGGGAGGGGGGGAGCUUAUCCUGUCCAACCUGUCCUUCCUCUCUGUGCGUCCAGAGGAGCCGUCAUCUGAGAGGCAGCAGCUGCUGGACGACCUCUGACCCCUUGGUGAUGAUGUCGCUUCCUGUCAGCAGACCCAGUCGAUCACAGACUUUUAUUUUGGCAGGGUGACAGGUUGUAAUCUGAGGGAUUUAUGGUGGAAUUCAGAUUUUCUAAAUAAAAGACCCAACAGCUAUUUGGGACGAGUUCCUGUCGAUGCGGCGCAGACUUCCUGUCGAUGCGGCGCAGACUUCCUGUCGAUGCGGCGCAGACUUCCUGUCAUGUUGGAAUCUGCUUUCUGUAAAAUGUGAUAAUAAACCAGAAUAUAAAUUUUUUUGUGUUGAUCUUUUGAUCUUUUUCCUCAAGAAGGAUUUUUUCUUCCAGACUCCAAAACCUGGAAACCAUGGUAACUGUGGUGGAAAAAACCCCAUUUCCAAUCACCGUUCAGGUGAAAUCACUCAGUCAGGUUUAUUCAUAUAUUGAUCAGAAUACAGAGACAAUCAGUGAUGAAGCAGGUCUGGAUGAAAAGCUGCCAGGCAGAGAAACACAUGAGUUUUAUACCAAGGGAUAAAGGAU